AUGAUUUCCCAGCUCAAUAACUUCUUUCCGUCCCCUGCUGUUAGUGAAAAAUACCCUAGUCCCUCAUCUCACAUACUCCUAAAAAUCCGAUGCUUUCACGGUUCAGGACCUGCCAAAAACAAUGUUGCGUUUUCAGUCCCAAAAUCUGCAGUUACUGUCCCGGUCAAGGACUUAAUUUCCAAGGUUGAAAGCGAGCAGGAUGUUUCGAAAGCGUUGUCCAAGUUCUUCAGGUAUCAUCCUAUCAACGAGUUUGAGCCAUUCUUGGAGAGUUUGGGUUUGAGCAAGACGCAGUCAACUUCUUUUGUUCCACGGGACUUGAUAUUUUUGAAAUUGUUCAGUUUGGCUUCCAAAUCAGACAUCUAUCGCAACGAUGUGGCAUCCAAGAAUCCAAGCAAAUACUUGGAAAAGACUGAAUUUUUGCUACGAAUUGGUUAUGUUGAAAACUCAGAUGAGAUGGCAAAAGCCUUGAAAAGGUUCCGAGGUAGAGGAGAUCAUUUGCAAGAGAGAUUUGAUUGCCUGGUGCAAGCUGGUUUGGACUAUAAUGUUGUAUCAAGUAUGGUCAAACAGGCGCCUACUACUUUAAAUCAGAUGAAAGAUGUUCUUGAGAAAAAGAUCGAUUGUUUGAAAAACUACUUGGGAUACCCGGUGUCUUCUAUCGUGGCAUUUCCAUCUUACCUAUGCUAUGAUAUAGAGAGAAUUAUGCUAAGAUUUUCAAUGUAUGCAUGGCUAAGGGAAAAAGGUGCUGCAAAACCCUUGUUGUCAGUGAGCACACUUCUUGCUUGUUCAGAUGCGAGAUUUAGAAUGCAGACAUUCUAUCCAUUCAAGAACACCAGUGUUCGGUCUGAAAAGAAAGUCAAUGAAACUUUACAUAGUUACUCCAUCUUUGGCUCCUAUCCACUUGCAGCACACCAAUUCAUGGCAUUCCUCCAUAAACUGCUAUAUGAAGAUGGAUUUGAGUACCUAAAAUCUCUGAAAACCCAAAAAUGGGCAAAGUUCAUAGAUAGAAGAAUCCAAGAUGAGUUGAUUACACCGCCUAUCUAUGUGUGCCAUGACAAAAGCGGAUAUGAUACUUUAUAUAAGCUGAAGGCAUGCUCAUUCCUCAUGCCACAUUUAGUAGAAUCCUUGAACUAUGAUAGGCCUCUCAUGGAAAGAAUUCUGGCAUCGUUUUCAUUACUCAGCCUUAUAAAAGGUAAUUUCAGUACAAUGACAGAAGCUGACAGAAACCUAAGGUAUUUUCACAUUCCAGCCCUCUUAUACGAUGGACAGCAAGCUGGUCUGGGCCAGGACUGGAUGACAAAUUUAUCAGAGGGGUCGGUUCUGGGCUGGUCUGCUCAUUUUGACACCUCUAGUCCUGGAGGUUCUACCAACACACCGAAGACUUGCGUGUGGCUUAACACUUCUGAUGGUGCAAUACAAGUGGAACGAGAGGUUGCCAUGUGUAGUCCUUUCUUAUGGAAUGAAAUACUCUCAGGCGUGGGAUCUUCUAAGAAUUGCCCGAUCUCCCUUCCUUCAAACGUUAAUGCUCCCGUGCUUAGCUUGAUUCUUGACUACUGUCGUUUUCAUCAAGUGCCUGUCCGCUCGAACAAGAAGAAGUCAUUUAAUGAGAAGUUCCUUUCAAUUGAUGGUAAAAACCUCUGUGAGUUGGCUGGUGCUGCUGACAGGCUGCAACUUAGUAAUUUGGUUUCUCUCACCAGUCGUGCAAUUGCACGGGAGAUUAACUGGAGGAAUGCAUUUGAGAUACGGGAGUUAUUGCAUCUGCCCGAUGAUCUCACAGAGGAAGAAAAAUUGGCACCUAUCAGAGACACAAUGGGUAAUCAAAGGUUGCGGCUUUGGAAUAGAUUGCAGGCUAAAAAGAGGGAAGAUUUGAAGGGAAGAGAAAGAGUAAAGUACGAUCAAGUUGAUACUGAGGCAAUUGGUCUUCAAUGUGUUCUGCAGACUGUUGAGGUUGAAGAGCGUGUGGAUGACCAUUCAGUUGAUGAGCUCUUGUCAUUUAUUAAUGGUGGUGAUGGAGCUCCAUCUUUUACACCGAGGACAUCAUAUGUGCCUGUGAUUCAUAACCGUUAUUCACAAACCGUGAGACACGCAUCAUUUUGCACCUCUACAGACAAAAAGGUAUCAGAAGAAGGCAGUGGAGAAAAACAGAAAGUCUCAGUAACAUUCGUAGACAAGGAUGGAGAAGAGAUACAUAUCAAGGUCCCUUUUGGAAUGUCAAUGUUGGAAGCUGCACACGAGAAUGACAGAGCUAGAAGGAGCAUGUGA